UAUAAAACCCCUGGUCGUAGAACUCUCUCUCCCCCACCCCUACCUGGGUAUCUUCUGGCUGCAUCCCCUAAUCCCAUGACUAUCACCAAGCUUCUGUCAAAGGCAAAGGUGUUAUUUGAACAACAUUCAAGUCUUAUCUUGGACUACAAUCCCUUCAUUUCUAGAUGGAAACCUGUCACAUUCGAGGAAUCCCUCAAAUUUGUAAGAAAAGUAAAGGCUCGUGAUUAUCAUUUGUAUUCGUCGUUGUUUGAGAUUCUAGGUCAGGAAAACACGUCCCCAGAAAUCUACCAACAGCUUGUACUGCUUUUUCAGAACCACGAUGAUUUGCAAGUGGAGCUCAAACGUUUCAGACCACAAGCCCAAGCACGAUUUCUGGUUCCAUGGCUUGUGUUUCUUCUUCUGCCUCUAUCUGUCUUGAGCUUAUAUCUCAUCUUCUUUGAGAAACCACUGAGAUGUCUGUUAGAACACAACAUAAACAAAACUCCCUCAUUGUAAAAUCGAUUUUUAUUUAAUAAAUUAUUAAAUAAUCUUCCUGUAUAA